ACUUGAGAUUGUGAAAGGUUUAGAUCGCGUGAUCAAUGAUUGUCGUUUUGGGAUUUUUAAUAGCGAAAUUAUAAAAGGCUUGUAAAAUGCGUGCAAUCACAGUGGAGCCGGUGGCGUUUGUCUACGUUUUCGCGCUGGCUAUGGCAUCACCGUUGUUGCAGCAAUACAUAUACGACGAAUUGAGCGAUUAUUAUAGUUUUACGAAACGCGAAGAGAGUAAGUUAUGUGGAAAUACAUCCGGUGUUUCUGAUAAUAUAACAAGUUUGGAAAAUCGUAUUCAAACAGAAGCAUCACAUUGGUUCAUUGGUCUAAGUUUGGCAUGUUAGUAUUGUUUUGCGAUUUUAUUGAUAAAUUAUUAAUACUACUGGUAUAAAUUUAUCGAUAUAAAUAUAAUGAAUAAUUACCACUGAGAUAAUUACUGACUAUUUCGCUGCACUGAUCUGUAUUUCUGUACUAAAACUGGAUAACGCAUCUGUAGUUGAAAAGUGAAGCUGCAAUUGAAUCUGCGACACCUGAUUCAAGUGUCCGGUUUUCGUGUCUUUUUGUCUUUUACAUUUGACUUGUUCAUCCGGCCAAUUUUCUUAUCAUGAAAAUAGAAGUACAGCUGGGUAACGUCUGUUAGUCCACAAUUUGUGAUUUAAAUAUAUUUCAUAUUUUUUAAGUUAAGACAAAAAUGCAGAUUGAUCAUUGAAUGUUUUUAUAAAUCUCUCUUGUAGCAAGCUUGCCAUCUGUAUUUGCAACAUUUAUGUAUGGGUCUAUGUCUGAUGCGACUGGAAGAAAACCUGUAUUGCUUGUUGCCGUGUGUGGUGCGUUCCUUCGCUUCGUCGUUGUUUCUCUGACAGUUACAUUUGGUAUGUACAUGACAAUUGAAUUGUUUAACUUAACAGUGUGUUAAUUUAUUAACCACAAUGCAAAAGUUUUGCAAUUUUUCAAAAAUUUCCUGUGCUCCCCUUUUUGCUGAGCCUAGGGUUGCCUGUGGUCCUCCUUUUGCAUUUGACCAAAAUGUUUCAUAUCAUGGUUUUAUGGGUUGAAAUAUAAUAGUUUUGACAAUUUUCAGAAAGUUUGAAAUAGGUUGAGGCAUUUUUUCAAUUUUUAAAAAGUAGUUAAGUAGGGUGCAUUGGGGCACAAUAUAAUGGGUUAAUAUUAAUUGAAAUAUAACUUCUCACACACAGCUGGGAGCUGCUGCAGCCAACCGCUGCAAAAACAAAAUGUUUUUGGGAGCUGCUGCAGCCAACCGCCACAAGCUUGACAUUUAUUAGCCAACACAGCCAAAAAUAUUACAUAUGAUUACAAAAGAAAAAACAACCAACAAAAUUAUCGACCUAGAAACACGAGUUCCUGAUACCAGGUUUAAUUAAAGAAAACUACGUAUAAAUAAAGUUACUAAGUACCCCCAAAAACAUGCUAGGGUGGGCGGGUGGGAACAGGUCAAGCAAUGGCGGAAGCAACAACAAAAUGUGCUUCCCCAACCCGCACUGCCCGAUUAUAAUAAUCGGGCCGGGCCCCACAGCAAUGUGUGAGAAAACAUUUUCUGCUUCUUUCGUUCCUCAGCCAGCAGAAAAUUAUACUUUUCAUCUAUUGGCUCAUGUUGUUUUAAUAACCCGAUUUUUUUUUUCAUCUGUUGGCUCAUGUUGUUUUUAACCUGAUUUUUUUUUCAUAUAUUUUCAGGUUGGCCGUUUUAUGUUAUUUUCCUGGGUUCAUUUAUAGAAGGUCUCACAGGAUCCUUUGGAGCAAUAACUGGCUUAUGUUUGGCAUAUAUUGUUGAUAUUACAAAUGAUAGUGAACGAUCCUUACGAUUAGGUGUUCUUGAGUUGUCCAUUUUAUUGGGAGCUAUGGCGAGCUUUUUAACCAGUGGUAUCUGGUUGAAAAAUUUAGGUCAGUUAAUAUCCAGCCCAAAAUUGUGUGGUAUUUUGAUUUGUCUCUUUUAUGAUGUUUGUGAUGUUACUCUGAGUGUACAAUCCACACCGGACAAACUGAAAGGUUUGCCUGACCACAGUAGGAAUCAAACUUGUGACCUUUUGGAUACUAGUCCCAUGCUCUGCCAACUGAGCUACAAGGACUUGCUUGCCCAAUGUGGAUGCACUCUCAGAGUAACAUCACAAACGUCAUAUACAUCAUACACAUCAUAAACGGUCUUGCCCAGACCGUGACAGAUUUUAAUGUGUGAGCUUUCAAACUUUUCCCAACCUCUCAAGUCGGGGUAUUUCUCUAACUAUGGCGCAAUUACCCUGGCUUGCAAAGUUUGACUUUUCCAAGCUAUGAGACUACAUAAAAGAGUUGUAUACCACACAUUUUUGGGCAGCCAAUGGUCAAUUCUACAACACUUAGAAAUGCAACAAAAAUUUACCGUAUUUCUUCUUGAGAGAAAGUGUGGUAUGUUGAUAGCUGAUAUGAUUUUUUUAGGUUACAUUCCACCACUUUGGGCAAGUGCAAUACUGUUGUUCUUGGUGUGUUUCUAUGUUACAUUCUUUCUCCAAGAAUCAUUGAAAGAAAAGCAAUCCUUCAACAAAUUUUCAUGCUUGACUAAUGCAAAAAGGAUCAAAGAUUUCAUUUUGGCAAAGAGAGGUCGAUAUAUCAAUGUAUGUUUGGUACUUUUGUUCAUUUCAUUUUUGUUUGCAGUCUUUGACUACUUUGGUAGUAUCACUGUGCUUUUUACCAAGCACUAUCCCUUAUGUUGGGGACCCGAAAUGAUUGGCUAUUACAUGGCAACAAAAGUGGCUUUGGCUGGUAUAGGGAUGAUAUUUGCCUUUAAAGUACUGACAAAAUGUUUUGCGGAAACACUCAUUGUUAUUAUUGGCUGUGUGUGUUAUAUCCUAAGUAAUGUUAUAGUUGGUCUUGCAAAAACUACAGCUACGAUGUUCGUAUCAUGCAUACCAGCUCUCUUGGCUGUUGCUGCUCCACCGUGUAUCAGAAGUAUUGCAUCAAAGAUGGUUGAGAAACAUGAUGAAGGUGCAUUGUGUAGCGUUAUCGCUGUCACCGAGACUAUUGCCCAAUUACUGUCUCCGGUUACCUUGAAUUUGCUAUAUCCUGUGGGCUUGAAUAAAUUGCAUCUACCUGGACUUGCAUUUUUUGUUCAAGCUGGGAUCUUAAUGAUUCCAAUCAUGCUCUUUUCUGUCAUACAUUAUUUAAUUCAGAAAAAUACAUUUGUGGCAUAUGCCAAGAUGCCGGAAUUCAUUGGGGAGAACAAAGUAGAGGUUUCUGCAUAAAAAAACUUAUGUACUAAUAAUAGUGUAUAUGAACAAAAGUAAGCCAUUUUUAACAGUAGCGUAGCCAGCCUGAUGAUUUAGUCCCGCUAUGCAAAUAUUUUCAUGUUCAUUGACUGUGAAAGCAAUCAAUUUCUAAAGAAAUGAAUAAUGGUAAUAAUUUUGAAUUUGCAUAGCGGGACUAAAUUGUCGGGCUGGCUACUCCACUGAUUUUUAGCCACUUAUUGGCACCACAAAUGUAAUCCAAAGUGAAAGCAUUAGCCCAAUAUAAAGUAAAAGCAUUAGACCUAAUCUUCGUCCAUUUUCAGUCAUUUUUUCAUGUUUGAAAAAAAGGCCCAAAAUUGGGGGGGGGGAAGUGGUCAACUUUUUGUCCAUUUUUUUUUUAAAUUGAGCUAAAAAUGGAUGAGUUAAGGGGUCAGUGUUAAAUUUUUAGUCCAUUUUUUGCCUUUUUUCAUUUUUGGAAAAAGGACUAAAAACGGACAAAAAGUUAAGGGUAGUUAGCCGUAACAUUUCGUCCAUUUUCAGCCUUUUCAUUUUCGAAAAAAAUGGGCUAAAAAUGGACUAAAAGUUAAUUCUGAAUACCUUGCUUGUAUUAAAAUUCAUGCAGUACUAGGUGCGCAAAUUUUAGUACUACACAAAAUAUAAUCUGUGCGAAAAGCUUUGUGGUGUAAUAUGAGACCCUCAUUGUUAAGCCUAGUUUCCAUUUGGUCAUUAGUUGUCGCUGGCACGACAAGUGGCUGAUGUAAUAGAGUGUCAACAAAAAACUCUGCAAUCAUUAAGACUGAUUUGCAUUCACACAAAAAGACUAUUAUUAUAUUAGACUAUUUCACAUAUACCGCUUGUCGUGCCAGCAACAACUAACGACCAAAUGGAAACUAGGCUUUAGUAAUGCAAAUCAGUUGAUUUAUUAACUUAUUUGCAUUACUAUUUGCAUUAUGUUAUUGUAUUAUAGGAAAAUCUUUAGUUCUGGUGGUAUUUUGGACUCAUGCUUUGUUAUUGUGAAUUUUGCUUACAUUGCAUAAUUUUGAAGCCAUUUUUGAGACCACCCUGAC